AUGAGUGAACGUGAGGGGCCUGGGAGUUCAGGAUCGCAAGACAAUGGUGAAAAGGGAAUGAGAAUUCCUAACCAGUCUGGGCCUAGUGGACCCAGCUAUUUCGCCAGUGAGCCAAUAACAUUUAGAGUUCGUGGUUCUACUAUCACUGGGGCAUCUCCUCCAAAAUUUGUUACUCUUGAGGACAUCAUGAAAGCGGCUCAUGGCAUGCAGAACAUGGCUUUGGCUCAUGAGAUCGCUGUUGACCAGGACUUCAAGCUGGAACCGUUUGAACCUCCAGAUAAUAGAGCAAUUCUAGAAGCUUUAGAAAUAUUGAAGCUAGAUCUUGCCAAUACUCUGAUAGCUAUGAUUCGACCACACGUACAGAAGGAAAGUGUCCAAUAUGAAAGAACUAAGUUUGAUGAAAUGCUCAAAGUUUCAGAAGAUGGUUUACAACACACAAGACAAUGGCUUCUCAGACAUAUAGACAAAAGUGACUUGAGUCUACCAAUAUCUGAUGUGAAUAUUAUAAGAAAUGUUACCGCACAAACAUUGGCUAAAGCAUACCUGGAGCUAUUAGAAUGGGAUGAUAGUAAGACUUAUCCGGAGACUCUUCAUAUUGACAAGCCACGUUUCACCGAGCUCGGUAUACAAGUGUAUAGACUUGUGUGUGUUGCAUCGUUGUUACUAGUGAGUCCAUCUUGUGGUGAACAGACGACACAUAAACAGAAAUUGAAAGAAAAGAUAUUCAUUAUAAUGGACACUACGAGCAAUGAUAUUGAAUUAAAACAAAUUCUACCAUCUGUUGCUGAAGAAGUGGUUUUAGAGACGGAUCAGUUAUUGGAAACAUUGGGUCAGGCUCCACUCACAAAUGAAACGAAAGAUGUUAUUCGGUCACAAAUACUAUCAUUGAGAGACAAUGAACAUAGAGUGAGGCAGAUUGUUCGUCAAAGGGUGUUGGAAUUCUUGAAAAUGGUUUUAGUCUGUGCUGGUGGCGCGAGGCAAGUUCCUGUUGGUUUGUCAGCUUUCACUAAUGAGCUGACUUCCGUUUCCGGUACACUGCUGCGUUACGUCAUGCAUAAUAAGGCUGUGUUCACAUCACACUAUAUGGACAUCAUCACUGAAGAAUUGAGCAAGAAUUAA